ACGUUCCCCCUAAAGGGGAAAAAUUGUUUUUUCCGACGAUUCCCUUAAACAUAGAGCAGAACUGCUGAGAGGCUGCUAGAAGCGAUCUCUCUUUACCUUGCCCUGGCUCCAUCUGGCCCUUCUGAGAAGUAGCGGCUAUGAUUGAAAGAGGCACCUGCUGGUUUCCUGAUAAAAAUAGGAGCAUUUAGUUACCCAUCACAGAAUGGAGGGUGGUUGUAUCAACAGAGUAGUAAACAAUGAGAAAAAUGCUGCAGACAGGCAUAGCAAUAGGAGCAGGGAUCGAGAUACUGGCAGAAGAAGCCAGGAGAAAGAAGACACGAAGGAAGUGAACUAUCUCCAGGGAAAGACCAGCCAUUGGAAGUGGAGCUUGAAGAGGCCACCUGCUUUGCACUCCAUUGAAACAGCAGAGAAACGUGGUACCAUGGAGGCUGGAGACACAAAGCAACAAGAGAAGAACCAGCAGAUCAAUGGGCUACAGGAGAAGUCAGGAAUGACUCAAACUGCAUCUGAAGGGGAGAGCAAGGCAGAAAAAGCAGAGACUGCUGAGAAGGAAGCUAAGGAGGACAGAAAGUCCACAGAAGAAACUGGGAAAGAGGUAGAUGCAGCUAGUGAAGCAGAGAAAACAAAGGUGGCUGCUGGGAAUGAGGUGCAUGGAGAGAAGGAGGCUGGGAAAGCCGAGGCCACAGAGAAAGUUUCAGAACCUGAAAAUGAGCAGUUAUCCAAGGCAAGCCAGAAGGAGAAGGUAGUCAAAGACAACAGCCAACCAGAAUCUGAGGGUGUAUCUGGAACAGAAGAUGAUGUUUCUGGAAAACCAGAAGACCUUCAGGAAGAGAAAGGGGGAAAAGCUGAUGUUUUGAAGAAAAAUGCCAAGGAAGAGGCCUUCUUCAGCACUUCCAAUAAUGGAGGAGGUUCCAGAAGUGACAUAAACACUUCUGAUGAGCCUCUUUCGCCAGAAGCUGAGGAGGAAGAGGAGGAAUACUGGCCAGAAUUCCCUCCCCGUUCCCCUGCAGCAAGUCCACAAAGCCCAACAGAGCUCAAAGGCUUGGAGACAGGUGGCGUUACUCCAGCCUCUACUGCUCCAGAAGCUGCUACUGGGGAUUUUGCCAGCCCUGAAGCUGCCCUGAAGGGAGAGAAAGAGCCCCCUUCUGCUGCACCUGAGGAAGCCGCUGCUGCCAAAGAGAAAAAGAAGAGGCCUGCCUUGGACCGGAGGGAGAUAACCAGGCCAAGGAUGCCGCCCAGGGGACAAUCCCGCAAAGCCAUUGUGGAGAAGUUUGGAGGGGCUGCAACUGGUCCUGCCCCCAACAUCAAGAGGACUGGAGCUGCAAAUACUGUGAAGACCAUGUUGCUGGAAUGGUGCCGGGCCAUGACCCGUGGCUAUGAACAUGUAGACAUCCAGAACUUUUCCACCAGUUGGAAAAGUGGCAUGGCUUUUUGUGCCCUCAUCCACAAGUUCUUUCCCGAUGCCUUUGACUACGCAAGUCUUGACCCAGCGAAUCGGAAAGAGAAUUUUACCCUGGCCUUCUCUACUGCUGAGACAUAUGCUGACUGUGCUCAACUUCUGGAGGUGGAUGAUAUGGUGCGCAUGAGUGUUCCAGAUAAUAAAUGCAUCUAUACCUAUAUCCAGGAACUUUAUCGCAGCUUGGUGGAGAAAGGGCUAGUAAAGACCAAGAAGAAAUAGAAAUGCAAAGCAGGCUUAGGUUCGAGGCUCAUUGGAAGCUAUAAAAAAGCUUGAUGGGACAGAGGGAAUGCAACAUGGGAUGUACCCUGGCUAAAGGACAUAUAUUCUGCAAUUGCCUGAGUAUGUCACUGGAACCAACCCUACUUAACCCUUAUUAGCACCAAAGUCUGCUAUGUGCCACCCUUCUGCCAAAGUGCUUUUGAAAAGAGCAGGAAAGGAACGCUUACUGAUGUCACGUCAUGUCAACACUUCAAAAAUCUGGUUUUUAUGGAAGCAGAACUGAGCCCGUCCCAAAUAAACAUGACUCAGAAGGAGCAUGUCCUUCCAGAUGUUGCCAUCACCAACUCUGCAUCCUGUUUUUGGAUUGCAAAACUCUUCCUGCAACCCAUGCUGCAAAUGCCUGUUCCCUCACAAGGCACCAGUUCCAUUAAAGCACAACUGUACCA